ACACACUUUCUAUACUAUACUAAUUCUAAAUUACAAUUUAACUUGUAUCAUUUAAUAUGCUUACCAAGUUGUAUCGGUGAUCAGUUCGUCGCUAGGAGAAAGUGAGCAGGCGGAGCACAAAGGAAAGAAGCGGAACGAAAACGAUGACUGGUGGGGCGAAUCCCAAUUGCCCAGUCUGUGAAACGAGAACGACGUCGUAAUAAUAAGAAAUCGGAAAUUAUCCUUUCGGUUGAAUCACUGGUAUUUCCGAAAUUGACCGGCUUUAACUGAUUUUGACCGCAUCAUCAUGCCGGUGGUAUUUCAGCCGGUUUCAUGACCGACACCAAUUGAACCUGGUUCAACCGUCCGGCAUACCACUGGCAUGACAACCAUGCUUAUGAUUUAAUUUUAGGCAAAAUACCCUUGUAUAGCCAUAACUUUCACACUUUUGACAAAUAUAACCAUUUCUAUUCGAAAACCACAAAUAGCCAAUUCCGUCCAUUUUGGUAACGGUGUUAGUUAAUAAAAUGACUGGAUUGACGGAAAAUGUUUAGUUGGCAAUUUAUUGUCCCCACCAACCAACGUGGAUUAACCAGAAAAAAAAUUAAAAUUAAAAACCAACAAACGCAGUUGACCACCGAUUCAUUUCCUCAUCUCCUCUCACUUUUCCCACCUUCAUCUCUCCGUCUUCCGACCACACGAACAAGACGGACGACGGGGCUUCAUUUCCUUCCCUGUCCACCGUCGCUCGCUUCCCUCUCAAUCAACUUCGAUGCUCUCUCCUCAUCCGAAAACCAUUCUUCUUCUCCUUCCUCUCUCCUCUCCAACCACCCAUCGACCAUAUCUUCCUCUCACAGUGGACGAGAUUUACGGCGACGGUAGAAUGCAGUCUAAUCUCAAGCCUCCCUCUCCCUAAUGAGAUCGAUGACAGGCGGUUGUGGUUGGCUUUUGCGGCUCUCCUCUCUCUUCUGCCUCCAGCGCCCAUCCCCAUCCCUUUCUUAUGGAAUUUCAGAGGUCAUGUAAUUGGGGAUUUUGUGGGAGGUAGGCAACAACAAUUUUUUGCGAGGCAAGCAGGCUCUCCUCUCUCUUCCGCCUCCAGCGCCCAUCUCCAUUGCUCGAUACCAUUGUCGAGGAGCCGCCGACCCGUCAUAAAUCAGUUGGUCCUAAUAACUCGAGUUGUUGGGAGAAGGUUAUGUUGGAUCUUAUACCACUCUCUAACAUCGUCGCCAUCGCCAUUCGACGGCUGCAUCUCCUAGUCGCCCCCAUCCCCCCUCUUUGAAGCUUUGAAGCUUUGCAAAAUCAAAACAAAAAUCGAGUGGAGUUUUAGAUCUGGGUGGAUUGGGAGGAAGAACUGGUGUCAGCAGGGUCGGUGGUGGAAGGUGGAGUGACGGAGUGGAAGGAGAUGAUAUGGGUUUGGGAGUUGGGGUUGGUGGUGGAAGGUGGAGAGUAAGGAAGGAGAGGAGGAGAGGGAGAAGAGUUCGAUAGAGGGAUAGAGAGGAAGGAGCCUGCCUCAUCUCAUGUGUUAGUUUUUUUUUUAAAUAGUUAAUUAAUUAAUUUAUUUUUAUAUUAAAAUCUGACAUGGCACUUACGUGGCAAGUGUGGUUGAGUUGUGGCUGACGUGUGCGAUGAUUUGGCAUCCUCGUCAGCAUCUCGUCAAACGAUUUAACAGAGUCACAAACGGUGUUAAAGUUUCUAACGGUUUUGGCUAGAUUUGUCACACUACCCUCCGUUUUUUGGGCUAUUUCGUGUUUUCGAAUAGAUUUGGUUAUAUUUGUAAAAAACGUGAAAGUUAUGGCUAUAUAAGUGUAUUUUGCCUUAAUUUUAGAGCAACUUCAAUCAAAUCUAUUCUCCCCUUUUCAAUUUUUUUUAUACUUGCUAUCUUUUCACUUCUAAAUGUUAACAACGUUCUCUCCAUGUAGAGAGGCAAGCUUCUCUGACUUAACGAGACUGGUCUUAAACGGUUUAACGGGCGAUGAUAAGGAAGAGAACCAACGACAGGAGCACCAACCGCGCGCAGUGUUGGAGCUUAUGGCGAACCUGCACAAAUUUAAGGUUACUGAAGCAAAUUCAUGCUUCUAUACUAGUGAAAGGUUUCAACUCAAGUCCAGGAGCUCUAAGAGAGCUCAUUUUCGCGAGUGCGAUUGCAAUUCCUGGCACCAUAGAUUACGCCCACCAACUGUUCGCUCAAAUUACUGGCCCGGACACCUUUAUGUGCAACACCAUGAUGAGAGGAGCAGCUCAGAGCCAAAACCCACUGAGAACUGUUUCCGUGUAUAACGUGAUGGCGCGUUCUGGUGCAAAGCCUGAUAAUUUCACGUUUCCCUUCUUGGUCAAAGCUUGUACGAGGCUUCAGUGGAGGAAAAUGGGUAGUUGUGUCCAUGGGAUGGUGGUGAGAUUCGGGUUUGGAGGAAACAAUUUUGUGAGGAAUACGGUUCUCUAUUUUCAUGCUAAUUGCGGGGAUCUAGGAGUAGCAAGGUCGAUUUUUGAUAAUAUGGUGGAGAAGGAUGUUGUUGCUUGCUCUGCUUUGAUUGCAGGAUAUGCAAGGAGAGGGAACUUGAAUGUCGCCCGGCAGCUGUUUGUUGAAAUGCCAGUUAAAGAUUUGGUGUCUUGGAAUGUGAUGAUUACUGGGUAUGCAAAGAGAGGGAAGAUGGGUAGUGCAAGGGAGCUCUUUGAGCAAGUCCCGAAGAGGGAUGUUGUGACUUGGAACACUAUGAUCGCAGGGUAUGUCAAUGUUGGGCAGAAUGAUCAGGCUCUGAAGUUGUUUGAGGAGAUGAGGAAUGCUGGAGAACAUCCGGACGAGGUUACAAUGCUCAGCCUUCUAUCGGCUUGUUCACAGUUGGGGGACCUGGAGACCGGGAAGAGUUUGCAUUUCUCAAUCUUUCAAGUGAACAAGAGAGAGUUUGGUGUUUUACUUGGUAAUGCUGUAAUAUCCAUGUAUGCUAAAUGUGGCAGUAUAAAAGGCGCAGUUGAAGUGUUUCAAGGGAUGAAAGAGAAGGAUGUUACUUCAUGGAAUUCAGUUAUAGGAGGAUUGGCUCGAAAUGGGCAUGCUGAGGAAUCAAUACGGUUGUUUGAAGAGAUGCUGAGAUUGGGGAAAAUUACUCCAGACGAGAUCACUUUUGUUCAAGUGUUGAUUGCUUGUGGUCAUGCCGGGAAGGUUGAUAAGGGGCGUAGUUAUUUUGAUAUGAUGAUAAAUAAGUAUGGUAUAGUUCCAAAUAUGAAGCACUAUGGGUGUAUUGUUGACAUGCUGGGGCGUGCAGGGUUAUUGACAGAAGCAUUUCAGUUCAUUGACAAAAUGAAUGUUGAACCGAAUGGCAUUAUUUGGAGGACCCUUCUUGGGGCUUGUGCGUUGCAUGGAAACAUUGAAAUUGGGAAGCGUGCAACCGAGAGACUGAUGAAGCUAAGAAGAGAUGAGAGCGGAGACUACGUGUUGCUUUCCAACAUGUAUGCUGCAGUAGGUGAGUGGGGUGGGUUUGAGAAGGUAAGGCAGGUAAUGGAUGAUUAUGGAGUGUGGAAAGAGCCUGGAUACAGCAUUGUCGAACCCGAUAACAAAGCUGUCAUUAAGCUUCGAUCUCGGUCAAGAAGCAGCCAUGUUCCAGAGAGUUGAGUGUCACAAAGUUCUUGCAGGUAUAGCAACUUAAAUCUCUUUACUAAUUAGAAUUAUAGCAACUUAUUUUUUUUUUUGCAAGAGUGAGCUCUUUGCUCUAUAUUUCAAUUAUAAAAUUUGUUGGCAAUGGAGAAGUGAAGUCAAGUUUUGUUCUGCUUAAUGAAAAUUUGCGAAGCCGAGUUCUUUGCACUGUAGUUCAAUUGUUUGUGUUCCAACAGCUUCAACUAUGGUUCAUCUGAGUGUUAGUUGCUGGGAAUAAUUGGAAGUUUAUGUCCAGUUAAAUGCACAGAUGCCAUUGGCUUGGGGACUGAAUCUAGUGUGUAUCCAAAACUAGAAGUGUUCCAAAAGCAAAAGAUGGAACAUUCUAGCUGAAAUGGAACAUAAAUUGGUAGUCCAAAUAAUGUCUUUCUGCUUAUGAAACUAUCAUCUCAAUGAAUUGUAACACAAACUUACAUGCACAAAAGUCAAGUUUUCAAGAAGAAAGAGGAAAAGCAUAACCUGACACAAGCUGUAAAUCUUCUUUAUCACACUCACACAGCACACUACACACACCAAACAUACAACCCACAAUUCAUAUUUGCAUCUUGAAAAGUAAACGAUGCUUGUUUUUUCUAUUUUAGCGGCGAGCAAGGGCUGAAGCAGACAGUAGUAUCAGGACUAUGAACACGGUGACUCCAACAUAAGAUCCUAUCAAGGAUCCUGAGAUGCGCUCGCAGAAGGAGUUGAACUGUUGGCAGAUGGCUAGCCAGUUGGCCUUCGUAUUACCUCGGUGUGCCAAGUACACAAUGGCUGCCCCAGCUGAAGACCCUGCUGUCAGUAAAGCCAGCAUCCCCUACAAUUUGGUAAACUCUCAGUACUCUUGCAUUUCCGUAGAUACAAAUCUAUCAAAACCAACUUAAGAUGUAGUAAUAUAAUUACCGUAUCAAUUAUGAUAAGGAUGAUUCUACUGUUCUUUGCAGAGCUCCUCAGGAUGUUGAAGAUUGAAAGUGGAAGCGAUAGAAGAAAAUAGGCGCUCACGGCAGCAUUGGCUACCACAAAGAACCUGGCCAGCAACCCAGAGGUCAUCCAGAUACGUUUAUUCCCACUUUAAGCAAACAGUGGAUAUGGUCAAUUACGAUGAACAGAUAUACGAUAAUAUGCUUACGUGAAUGUUGGAAGGUCAUUGUACUCGGCCCUGAAACGAAUGAACUGAGUGAAGAAGGGAAGAGUUUCGUUUGUCGUCGCCAUCAUAAUUGCACUACUCAAGGUACCAAUGAAGCCAACAAGCCUCAAGAUGAAGUCUAGAAUGGCAAUCCCUCGUGUCACACCAGCUUUCUGGGCGGUAUAACCCUUUGGCUCACCAAGCACCACUGUAGCAUCUGCCUUCAUCUUGGUAGCUGAUGGUCUCUUUAUGGGUUUUCCUUAGAGGUUAUAGGAUUAAAGCAGGUGGUGUUAAUGAAGUUUGAAUGAAUGU